AUGUCGCCUGGUGAAUUCUCCUUCUUGGGCGCUGCAAAGCGCCAGCAGGACGCUGCGGCGCUGGCGGAUGCUCCGCCCACCACCACCACCGCCGCCGACGAGAGCGACCAGUACAAGUGGAUGAAGGCCGUUGUAGGUCCCGGCCUGCCCGGUGAGGGCACGCCUUACUACGUGCACUCGGACACUUUCGUGUCCAGUUGGGAAGAGCCAGACGAGCCAUACUGGAUCUUCAAUGCCGAUCUGGAGGCGCCAGACCCUAAUUUUGGGCUGCAAUACCCAGCAAAGAAGGAUGCGCCAAAGGAUCCUCUAGAAGGCUACACGGGGUAUAACCCCAAGAUCCACGGCAACUACGAUCCAAAGGCGGACUACGCCGCAUACCACAACAAGAAGAGAGAAGAGGAGAGUGGUUUCGUUGCCCCUGUCGCCCUCCCACCCGGCUACGGAGCAGAAAUGAUCCUCAAUGCCCGCACCGGCCACGCCCAAGCCAAUCGGCCCGGUGCAGAGCAUCACAACGACGCCGCCAAGAGCGGACGUCAAUUGAACGCCUUUUUCGACGCGGAUGCUGCUGCCGAAGCCCACCAGGGCAGAUCAUUGAAGGAAGAACGCCAGAAGCAACAUCUCUCCAAGCAACAGGUUGCCGAAUUCAAGCGGAAGAAGGCAGACCGCAAGAGAAAGAAGGAGCUGGAUUUUUACCGAUCCUGA